AUGAAUAACUCCAGUUCCACACUCAAUAACACGUCAAAGAUCGACGAUUAUGUGUUAUCGUUGAUUAAUAUUUCUGCAGAACAACUUCAAGUCUUUCGAGAUGUGAUUGCCAAAAAGAAAGAGUUGUACAAGAACAAAAAAAUUACGAUUUUUGGUGAGUUUUUAAUAUUAUUUAUCUUGUUUUAGGUGUAUCUUGGUUGCUUCUUGUUUUUUAGCAAGAUUAUAUUUUGUUUAUGGUGUUUUGCGUUUAUUUUAGCUGUUUUGUCUUGUGUUAAUUCUACUUUAGCUGUUUUUAUAUUGUUUUAAGUUUAUUUCAGCUGUUUUGUCUUAUUUUUAAUGUUUUAGAUUCUUCUCUUGCUGUUGGACAGGUGCUCGCAGAUUUGUACGUCAAGGAAGGUGCUACGGUUUGCUUAGUUUGCGACAAUAAUGAGAAGAAUCGAAACAAGUUUAGAUCAAGAGUAAGGUUUAUUUAUUGUUUAUUUUUGUUUUUAGGUAAUUCAAAGAGUUUUCGAGCAAAUUUGUGUAUAAUAUUUGGACAAAAGGUUCAAAAAGAUAGUAAUUGAGGUUUUUAUACUAUUUUGAGUGAUAUUUUCAUGUUAUACUUGAUCAACAUACAUUACAGCUAGUUAAUCUUGAGAUAAUUACUCAUCUUAUAUAUGCUUGAUGUGUUGUGUGUUUUAUUUAAUGUAAAUCUUGUUUUAGCCUAACUACCAUGUUGAGUUUAUCAAAUCUUUUCGUGAUGUUACUCAAUUCAAGGACAAAGACAUUGACGUACUGAUGGUGAUCUUGCCUUUGCUUCAAGAAGUUGGCAAUCUUCAACCGCACGGAGAUCACCGGGAGACUUGUGAUCUCAUUACUAAGCAGUGGGUUUAGUGUUCCUUUAUUUAAAAAUUAGAUUUAUUAGAGGUUUUUAUUUGUGGAAAUGUUAAAAAGACUAGGCGAUUUAUAAAAAACGUGUUUUAAUACCUAAAAUUGAUUUUUCGAUCCUAUGUAAACAUAUUUUUCAAGAUUUUCUAUGUCAAUAUAUAUUUACAGUCUAAUGAAUAUUAUUUCAGCGUUGCUAAAACACUGACCGCAUUCGAGGCGAAUUUGAUCAAAAACAAAGGAAUGUUCGUGUUGGUUGGCCCAGCUUUGCCAGGUGUCAGUCAAUUUCAGGAUCCAUUUUACAAUUCCACGAUGGCGUUCUUGGAACGAUUGACUGAAUCCGUGAAGCGCCGUAGAGAACAGCAUCAUAAAAUUGGAUCUAAAGUCAAAUUUCUGUUUUUGGAGUGAGUUUUUUGGGUUGUUCUUGAUUUUUAGGUAUAUUUUUGCUGUUUUUUAUAUUAUAGUAGGUAUUUUUAGGUAGUUUUUCAAGCUUUUUAUAUAAAAAUAGGUGCUUUUAUGAAAGUUUGGUACCAUCGUUCUAUGUUCUAACUUACUAUACGGUUAAUAAGUAAGGAGAAAGUGCUUUACUUGAGCUCAGAGGGCUGUAUAUGAUGAUGCAAACGAUUAUUUACAUUAUUUUUAUUACUUUCCUAAAGGCCUUCAUUAUAUUAUCUUACCUCUUCAGAAGACCUAUCGCCGCCCAAUACGAAGAAAGGAUAACUGAUUAUGGCCGAUGCAUGAUCAUCUUCAACACGGUGGACGCUUUCUACGAAGGACCGUGGGAAUACGUAGAUGAACGGCCGAGAAACAUCGACGAACAGAACAUCACAUUGGUCGAAUUUGAUGAACUUCCAUAA